GCGAAAUUGAAAAAGAAAUUUUCGCAAAAAAAAGAAAACGCAGUUCUCUUUAGUUUGUGAAGACAAUAUUUAAAUUUUUGCUUAUAAACUAGAAGUGAAAAUGAAUAUUUUUUUGGUGAAUUUUCUUUUAUUUGUCACUUGCAUUUUUGCUUAUGUAAUUGCAUUAAAAGAUAAUGAUGCUGCGAAAAAUAAGGAGAUAAUAGACAAAUUGUUUUAUGAUUUUUACAAAAUUAUUCCUAAAAUUUUGGUGAAUGAUAAAUUUAACAUUAGUGUGGUGGACAAAAUGAUUACAAAUAUUUAUAAUAUUUCAAUAACGGAAAAAAUAGAAAGUAAUAAUAAUGUGACGACUCUAAAUGAUUUUUUCGAAACAUUUGAGGGAAAAGACAAUCCAGAAUUUAGGACAAACUUAACGAAAGAUGAAAUAAUUAUAUGGGAGAAGAUCAUUAAUAAGGCAGCAUCUCAAUUGUUAAAAGAAGACAUUUCUAAAGGCCUUUUUUACACUUUAGACCAGUAUAGCAGAAUAAUGCUUUCAUUGAAAAUGAACCCGUGUCCAUCAAAAGUGAAAGAAAGUUACAAUAAUAUAUUUCACGAAAUAUUUUAUUUUUGGAGGGAGUCAAAUCGCACUGUAACUGACAAAAAACAUUUAAUUAAUUUAAAAAAGGCUGUAUCAUAUUUAUCAGCAUUGGCAAAUGAUGCGCAUAACACAACAGUGGAAAAUUGCAAUUUGCAGAAUUAUUUCAAAAAAAUUUUCAAUAAGAAUAAUCCUUGGCCAGGACUAACGGCGACAAUUGUUGGUAUUGUUGGUUCUGUAACUAGCUCUGUACUGUUUUAUCUAUCAAAAGCAAUGAUUUGGUAAAAUUUUGUUUCUACAAGAAAUUUCAAAUAAAAAAAUCUCAUGUUA